GCCGCGCGCCCAUCUGCUCCCGGUGCCACUCUGCUGAAAAGGAGGAACCAGGACGCAGCUCGCACAGACACACUUUGCGUUUACCUCCCACCUCCUGCACCUCCAGCUUCUGCACCUCCUCCGCACCCGACUCCUCCUCGCCACCGGCUCGUUGCGCGCCUCGUUGCGGUUACCGGGGUCGGGGGGCCAGCCGCCAGCCGCCAGCAUGGCCGCCAUCAAGGCGUUGGAGCAGUGGUGUAAAAUGCAGUGCGAUGGCUACUCGGAUGUGGCCAUCACCAACAUGACGACCUCCUUCAAGAACGGCUUGGCUUUCUGCGCGCUGAUACACAAGUACAGACCGGACCUGAUAGACUACGACUCACUCAGGGAGGAGGAUGUGUUUGAGAACAACAGGCUGGCUUUUCGGGUCGCAGAGGAGAAGCUGGGGAUUCCGGCUCUGUUGGAUGCAGAAGACAUGGUGGCUUUAAGGAUCCCAGACAGGCUGAGCAUUCUCACCUACGUCUCCCAGUACUACAACUACUUCAAAGGACGUCCUCCCAUGGGAGGUGUGAAAAGGCCAGCAGAGGGCUCCAAGGAGGAGCCAUCCGCGGUCGCCAAAAGCUUUGUGUCCAAGGGCGCCACGGAGACGGGUUCACCUUCGACCCCCGCCGCCCGGCCCCCAGCUGACGUGUGCAGAGCUCAGAAGGCACUUUGUACAGAGACCACCAACAGACAUGGACCUCUCCACAGCAAAUGUGUUUCCUGCAAGAGCCCCGUUCAUCUGGUUCAGAGGCACUUUGUGGAAGGGAAGCUGUACCACAGAAGCUGUUUCAAAUGCAGCGACUGCGCCGGCGUCCUUCCCUCCUCGGCGGCGGCGGCGCUCCGAAGCGGAGCCGCUCGACCAAACGGUGCCACCCGGGCCCCGCCGGCGUCGCGCCCCUCCUCCUCCGCCGCCGGCCCCGCUCCACCCCCCCAGGCGGCCUGGACGGCCUCGGCCCAUCGGACGCAGGCGGCCCGGCGGCGGUUCUUCCAGGGGGCCGCGGAGGCCUCGCCGGGUCACGGGAGGCCCGCGACCGCCGGGAAGGGGCCGGCAGACAACGACAACAACAACAACAACAAACGCCCGUUCACCGUCCGAUCAGCAGAGACGGGUCCAGCAGGAGACCGGGCAGGACCUCCCUCCAACGAGGAGCCGCCACGUCUGAAGGCCCUGAACACAAAGGCCCAAGAUCCAGUCUGGGGGCAACUGAAGCUCAAACCUGUGGCGCUCGGUUUGAAGGAUGCCGACGCUUUUACUGAGGGACGUAAAUCGUCCACGGCUUCCUCUUGUGUCCUCGAUGGGACCACGAGGCCCCCCCCCCACCACCCCCCCGCCGCUGCUGCACUGCCUCCAGUUAGUUUCGCCCGGUUCGACGCUGUACACUUUCAGCCUGGUUCUCAAACUCCUGGUGCUAAAAAGGGAAAGUAUUUGUCACCCACCAACGCCUCCAGGACUGAAAUGAGGUCACCCUCUGUGACGUCUUGUCAUAUUCCAGUGGAGCAGAUUGAGAGGGACCUGAAGGACGUUGAGACGGGCUUUGCUCGUUUGGAGCAGGAGGGCGUGGCGCUGGAGACGCAACUCCGACGCCGCGGGGAAGAGGGGGAGGGGGACGUAUUAAUGGACCCACUGAUGGUCGACUGGUUCAACUUGAUCCGAGAGAAGCAGUUGUGCGCUCGGAGGGAGUCGGAGCUCGUUUACCUAGCCAGAACCCGGGCGCUGGAGCAGCAGCAGUCGUCCGUGGAGGCAGAACUUCGGGGGCUUCUGGAGAAGCCGGGUGAUUUAAAGUCCAGAGACGAGCAGCAGCGGGAGAAGAAGUUGAUGCGGCGCCUGAUGGAGCUGGUGGACGGCAGGAAUGAAAUGGUGGAAGGUUUGGAUGAAGACCGGCUGAGGGAAGUGGAGGAGGAUCAGCAGUUGAAUGAAAUGAUGCAAAAUCUUGGAGUAAAGAGAGACAAAAAUAAGAGGAAAUCUUCCAUCUCCAAACUAUUCAGGAGAAGUAAAAGGCGGGUGGAAUAAAGGACUUUUCACACUAGACAUAAUUAUUAUUAUUAUUACCCCACUUUUUUUUAAAUGUCUUGAGGUUGCUGCAGUGCAGUUUGCUACUGAAAGUAGAAAAUGCAAGCGAUUUUAAAAUAAGGAAACUUAUUGGGUCGAAUCACCAAGUUGUGUUUCUAGUUGCUUCAGAAUGUAUCACAAAACUUUAUUUUUGUUCACCAUUCACCUGUGUGGUGUUUCUAAAUGAUUAAAUAUUUACUUUCACAAUGGGUGUCAUGUUUAGUUUUCUUAAAGCUGUUCAUGUGAAAAGCAUCUGAGAGUUUUUUUUCCCUCAUGUUAAUUUGACUUUGGCAGGCGAGUGUCAUAAAUAUUGUCUCUUCAGCCACGGAUAUGUUUGUUAUUUAAAUACUCUGUCUGUGUAUUGAAUGAUCGGAAUUUUUUUUUGUUGCAAAUCUUCUUCUUGUCAGGAGUUUAAAAACGUAAGCUAUCGGUUUUCAAAUUACAGAGGGAACACCGUCUGUUCCACACGCUAAUACGAGUGAGAAUAAAUGUGUAAUCCUUCAGCAGUCUUCAUCCAAAAUGAAAUUAUAUCAGUAUUUAUUUAAAGAUGGAUUUUAACAAAAUUUAGCGGUGGGGGGGAAGCCGCUAGAGUUUAGUGUGUGUGUGUGUGGAGGCACACGUGUUGAACGGCUCUCUGGCUGUACUGUAGGUGGCAGCCUGGUUUUGCUGCAGCACAAGGCGAGAACUUGGGGGGGGAGAAAAAUCCAAUUUGCCACAGUGCGGACAGUUAAUUUCUUUUGCUAAUUUUAUAAAUGCUGCGAGAAUGUUGGGCUGUGCAGAUGCAAUAAUGUUAUGGGAAAGAGGAUUAGGUAGAGCGGUAGCUUAUGGCUGGGGAGGGCUUACGAACUAUAGGUUGUAUUGAGCCCUUUAUCUUAAAACCAGGUUUAAUUAAACAUUACUCUUUACUAAUAUCUGCACCAGAAAUGCUCCGUACCUGAGCUAUUAAAAUGUUCAAAGGUUGUGUGGAGUCAGCCAUGUGUGAAAAUGGCAUUUGCGGUGUUUGUGUGCAAAAUGUACUUCAAUGUUGCAUUUGUAAGUGUUUCUGAAUAUACUUGUACUCCAUUUAUAGUAUUUUUAAACUUAAUCUGUAGUGCAAUAAAUGCUUUGAAGAUUA